AUGUCUGCCACUGGCGCAGAUUCUGCUGCGCCUGACCUCGGUAUCGCUAUCCGCCACUUGCUCAAUCAACAAGCCGAUAUCCAGUCGAGGCUUUCUGUUUUGAUCGCCGCCCAACACGGUCUGGAAAUCCCGCUUGAGCUGGACAUGUUACGCCACAAGCUGCGCGUUCUUGAGCAUCUGGUAGACCGCUACGAUCUGGCUUCCCAGAUUCCCGUUCUUUCUGGUCCAGAGGAAGCGCGAGAACUUCAGUAUCGGUGUGAGUGUCUCGAGGCCGUGUGCUUACAAAACGAGGUGAAUGUGAUAGAGCCGCUGAAGAGGUCGCUACCCUCGGCGCCGCCAGAUUUUGCUGUCUGGUUGGAAAGGCAUCUCGAAUUGCACGAUUCGAUUCUGCCCCAUCGCUCUGAAGCUCACGCAGAGGCCGGUGGGUGGAAAGCCCGAUCGAUGCCAUCUUUUAAAUGUUGGCAUGACCAAUGCGCCCACUAUGUCUACGGCUUCGCCAGCCAGCGAGAAAGAGACAGCCACAGCCUUGUUCACCAAACCUCUGCAAAGAGGGAUUCUGGAUUCUCCGUGGAAACCUCUCCCCUAUGGCCGCCCAUUAGCCAGCAAUCUCCUCGGCCUCUAAGCAGCUCUCAAUCGAAUACACAGCCCCCGUCAGUGCAAACUGGAAGGAGGCCUCCGGCUUCCAGUCUACCAGUCCUCAGUCCUCAGCUUCCACUCAAGGAGAAGGGCUGCGUGUCCGCAAAUUAUACGUUUCAUGCACCACCCGGACCCGGAAGCGGACGCAGAAAUUCGAGCGAUGCUGAUUUAGAAGCCAUGCUACCGCCCUUGAAGAAAUCAAAGACGAACCAGCCACGAUUAGAAUCCAUUGGAGAGCUUCGGCUUUUUCCAGAGACGGGACCGUGCCUUCGGUGCAGAGUAGCCAAGAAAAUGUGCGAUAACAACAAGCCUUGUUCGAAUUGUUCGGAUAGUCCCCCUUGCGGAAAGGAGGAGCAUUGGGGCGCGAUAGGCUGUUUCCGCAACCCUCUCACUGCCUUUGCAGCCAUCUUUUUACCUGGCCCAAUAUGUCCAAGACAAGCCCGCACUCCUAUAACAUCCCCUCUUUCGCAGCGCCGGGGCAUAAACGAGUACCUGGAAACGGCUUGCUCCUUUCCCGAAAACUUCAAGGAGAUUGCCAAGGAGAGCGUUGACUUUUCUGAUGGCUUCUGGUGGUCAGCACAUCUCGACUCGAGACACAGCUCUGCCGACGGGACAUCGGGGUAUAAUCGCGACGCGCCCAAACAGGCCCCUCCAGUGCUGGCUGCCAUUGCCAGCAGUUGGCACGCUCAAGAUACCGCUUACAACAUUUUUCGGCUGCUUCGAAUCACGGGCUCAAUGUCGGCGUCGCGAGAAAGCGAGGAGGCAUCAUUUCCAACAUUAUAUUCUGCCAAAGUACUGCUCCGUGAAACAAUAUAUUACGGAAUCAUUCACCCGGAUCCCCUUUUCCGUGUUGGGUCAACAUUCAGCAUGCAGAAUCCGCCCGAAGGCGUCGACUUGGACGAGCAUGUGCGGCUACUCGAGGAAUGUCUGCUGGGGUUUCUCCAGCUGUUUGACGCAAUGUGCUCCUCCAAGUCAGAUAAACGACCGUGUGAUCUUUUUGCAGAGUUUCUCUCGGUUUGUAUUUUCAGCGCAACGAGGACACUCUUGCUAGACAUGGCCCCAACCUCAAAUGCUACGUCAGUGUCCCAGCGCCAACUAGGCUCCCCAAGCAAUAACAACCACGUUGCCCACGGCAUGUAUCGGGCUUUGGUCCAGCUGUUUUGUUCUUCUGGCCCGCUCUUCACGGACAGUUGGGAGGGAAGCCAGACGCAUGAAGACUCAUCCCUCUAUUACAGCAUCAAUCACCUGAUCCGGAGAGAUAUGUGGGCAAGCGAAGGGAUAGAGUCGGGUGCGGAUUUUCUUUUGAAGCUUGGUGAUGGCCAUUUUGAAAGCUGGGGCUUCAACGGUUUCCUUCGGCAACGAAAACCAAACGGCCUAGCUUGGCAGUUGUCGUCCACACCGAUCCUCCAUUCCGCGCAAGAGCAGCGUCGCCCCCAGCCGACUGCGGCAGCGCCGCCGCUCGGCCCGCAAACGUGGAAUAUAACUUUUCAGGAUGACGCGGGACUGCCGCAGCGUCGCACAUCAGACCUCGGGAGCUCGCCGUAUGUUCCAGAGGUGGAAAUGGCGAGACGACACACAGUGGGCGAAACAUCUUCUGGGACCCUCAAGCAGCUCGAAGCUCCGUGGAGAACCCCUGGCUCUCCAUCACGACUCAGGUCUCCGUAUCACCGUCCACCUUUACGACGCGUGUACUGUGACAAGUGCCACGAGUACCCCGAAGGCUUUCGAGGGGAACACGAGCUGAGGCGACACACUGAAGCAAAACAUUCGGCAAUGGUCCGCCGUUGGGUCUGUUGCGAGCCUGAAAACGCAAGAGACGCUUCCCCCAAGCCAGUCGUGUCGCUAUCCAGCUGCAAGGCAUGCAUGGCUCAAAAGCAGUAUGGCGCCUAUUACAAUGCUGCCGCUCACCUGCGACGGGCACACUUCAGUCCUCAUCGUGGUGGCAAAGCCAGUGGUGACUGGCCGCCCAUGUCCGUCUUGAAAGAUUGGAUGCGUGAGGUGCGGCAGCCACUUGAUCCUACCCAGGCGGAAUACCUCAGCGGGGGGGAAGACGAUGGUGGCGACCCGGCAUCGGAAUCAUCGACGUCCACGUCCAGGGCCGUUCCGGAGGCACCAGCAUCUAGGGCUCUUAUGGUGUCCCCGAUAGACGAUCCGUGGCGACGUGGGAGCUCGAGUCAAUCUACUCAAUCUGGAGUACGGCCGACGGACAACCGAAGUCAAUGCCCUCAUCCAGACUGUGGGAGGAUAGUCAAAGAUCUCGCGGCGCACAUGCUGACGCAUCAGGAGGAGCGGCCGGAAAAGUGCCCUAUCGUCGCCUGCGAAUAUCACACAAAAGGAUUUGCUCGCAAGUAUGACAAGAACCGGCACGCGCUCACCCAUUAUCGAGGCACCAUGGUCUGUCCGUUCUGCCCCGGCGUUGGCUCACCAUACGAGAAGAUCUUUGGUCGAGCAGACGUCUUCAAGCGGCAUCUUGCUACGGCGCAUAAUGUCGACCAGACACCAACAAAUAACCGCAGCGGCAGUCUGGCGCAUCUCCUCGACGGCCAAGGCCCAGCUUCGACGCACAGCUUCGGAGCCCGUUGCUCGAUAUGCGGGGGCCGCUUUGCCACCGCGCAGGACUUCUACGAGCACUUGGACGAGUGCGUACUUCGGGUCAUUGUGCCCAACUUCGCCCACCAACAGCACUCGGAAGCAGCGGAUUCAAUCAGUCCGUUGCAAACGGAAGGCCCCAGCAGAGUCCCUUGA